AUGCGAUUUCGUUUUUGUGGUGGUGAAGAUUGUGCUGAUUGGAUAUUGGCAGAAAUAUUUACAUUAUCAAAACUAAGUUCAGUUAAAUUAAAAUUAUUAUGUCAACAAGUAAUGCAAGCAAUAUUAACAGAUAAUUUAAAUUUAAGUGAAGCACAAAAAGUAGUUGGUGAUAAAUUUGAAAGUAGUGAUUUAAAGGCAUCGAUUCGUGCUUUGCAAUAUAUUCUGACUAUGUCAGCAAAACAUUCCGUUGAUGGACAAUCAUUAUUAAAUGAACUUACACAACUCGGUCUUCCAAAAGAACAUGCUAAUGCUUUAGUAAAAAUUUACGAUGAAAAUUUCGAAAAAUUAAUCGAUAAAUUACGAUCAUCUGUUAUGCGAUUGACAAAAAUGAAUGAUAUUCAAUGGAAUCUAUUUGAUAUACAAACAACUAAUAAUUUACAUGAUAUGCAUUUACCUGUUGUAACAAUGAAUUUAAAUUAUGAUGAUAAUAUAGAGAAUAAAUCAAAAUUAAUUUCAUUUUCAAUGAAUGCAGAACAAUUUGCUGUUUUAUUAGCUGAUCAAGUAUUACCAACUACUGAACAUGUUUGCUAUUCUGGUCAAGCUAUUAAUCAAUUAGAUGGAACUAAUUCAAAUAUUGAACAAUCAGGUAGAACGAAUACACUUGCAUCAUCUCGUGAAACAUUGAAAAUUCAACGCAGUGUUUCUGGUACAAGUGAAGGUGCUGGUGAAACAAUGGACGAUAUUAAUAGUAAAACAAUUAAUCUUCAUCAAGAAGUACAAAAUUCUAUUGAUUCGAAUAUCGAGUCAUGUAAUAAAGAUAUUAAUCGAAGCAAUGGCAAUGUAGUUUAG